CCCUGAAAAGAUGACACGGGACGUCGAUUUCUACUGAAACGCUGCGUUUUAAGUCGUGAAAAUUCAAUAUUUCAUGAAAAUAUUACGGUUGUCAAUCAAGCCGUCUCCCGAAAGCACCCUGUUAUGGAGGAUAGAGCAAGAGCACAGUUAAAAGAUAUAAGGAAGGAGAUGGGAAACGAAGAGAGGAAAGCUGCAGUUCAUGAAGAAUUGAAAAGAAUGAACCAACUUCCUCCAAACAGCACUUAUGUUACUCAUCGCGUGCGUGUUCUCAACAAGAUUCUUCAACUAAUAUCGCUCCAGAGAACUACUUCGCAGGAGAAGGAGUUGGAGUUGCUCUUUGCUGGGCUGUCUCUGUGAAUUAUAUUGAUCUACUGACAUCAAUGGAGAAACUUGUGCUUCUCUGGGCAAAGAUGAUCCAAAGUGACCCCAAACUUUGUACACAAUGUGAAAUAUGUCUCUACGAUGAUGAGAUUAAUAUCUAUGAAUAUCUUUUGUUGUGUCCUUUAAGUUUGGGUUUUGUGGGAUUUUCAUGUCCAGGUUUGUUUGAGUGACAAUCUUUGGGUGGUUGUAACAUAAUCUGUUACAACAAUAUAAUAUUAUGCAUAUCAUACUAUUGAUUUUUGAUCCUGAA